GAUCGCUCAUGCACAACUUAAGCGCCAGCGACGAAGAUAUAAACUAUUUCUAAGCGCCCGAGUUGUAUUCAGCUCCUGUCUCUUACCACAUCAUAGUCCCCAGCCAGACAUCUUUCCAGCCUAUAUCAAAUGAGCCCAGCUGAAGAUCCAAGCGCUAGGAAAGCGCCCAAAUCCACCGACGAUCCCACGGUCGUCGUUGGUGCGCAGGAAAUACAGCCAGACAAAGUUACCCAGCCAUCUUACGAUCCGAUCGUCCAGGAAGUUGUCGAAGAUGCCGAUGGAGCUCAAGGCUCGCUUUUAAAACCUGGAAAGACGGACACGAAGCUCGAAGGUAGUAUUAAAUCCCAGCUAGACAAUUCCUUCCCGGAGCCGCCUCCACCACCAGGCAUAAUACCCAAGGGCCCGAUAACAUCGCCAGUAGUUGGUGGGCCUAAGCCUAAGCCUAAGCCUCCCAUACGGCCUGCUCCACGGCCUAGCACUUAGCUACGUCAAUGAGCCCCAAUCAGAUAUUGAAUUAGCACUUCUCUUGAGGAAGACGUUACUUAACUGCUAUUCAGAGUGCUUAAUCGGGGCUUUUUGGUUAAUCUAUCCAGAUUAAGUACGACUUUCGAAGGCAUAUACACCGUCCUACAGUUACAUUUAUUUAUCGUUGAUUUCCCUACACCAUUCUAUGUGACUGGUUUCUUUAAAUACUACUUCACCUCGAUUUCACUUCCCUAUCCGCAGUAGCUAUAAGUAUAUCCCUGUUCACCACCUCUAGGCGAGAUUCUGAAUUGAUGGUUCUGUCAAUGAUUCACUUA